UAGCUGCAGUGAUCUGCUAGACUCGUCCGAAGGUAACCGAGCCUAUUCCUUGAAAUUGGGACCAGCGUCACUUCCAGUGUAUUGUCACAUGAGCAGUCUUGGAGCAUGCAGGGGUGGUGGAUGGACGCUGGUUAUGAAAAUAGAUGGCACCAAGAGAACUUUCCAUUAUGAUUCCAACUAUUGGAGCGACAAAAAUUCCUUCAACUUACCAGGAGGAAAAACUGGGUUUGACUCGCAAGAGACCAAGUUACCGACAUACUGGAAUACACCUUUCUCCAAGAUCUGUCUUGGUAUGAAGGUUGACCACCAGCUCAACUUUAUUGUCAUUAAUAGAGAGGCUGAAUCUUUGUACUCACUGAUUGCUGAUGGAAACUACCGCAACACCUCAUUGGCCCGUGACACCUGGAAGGCGCUGAUUGGCUCCCAAGCUUCCUUGCAGUUUUGCUGUGACAUAGAGGGCUUUAAUUCUGACGGUGGUAAUGCAAAAACAAGAAUUGGUAUCGUUUGUAAUGAGUGUUGCAAUGCAGGCUGCGGCUCUCAUGAUUCAAGAAUUGGGUUUGGUGGAGCGGGCGGGAUGAAAGAUUCCCACACGUGUGGAAACUUAGCUUAUUGGACACCCGAUAACGGUGACAAAAAUAUCAAAGCCAUGGGAUACAUUUUCAUCCAGUAAUCAAAAGCACGUUGAUGGAAGGAAGCCUGCCUGAAAAUAACCCAUUUUUAGCACAUAUACUUCCUUUUCACUAGACCAGGCAACCAGGUAGAAAAAGGAUGCCUUGAUUUCAUUCUCAGAGUAAAUUUGCUACUAAAAAGUCAAUAGAACUGAGUACGGGUAGGAUCUCUAAAGGUUUUAUCCCCUUCCAACGUUAGUAUUACAAUUGCUUUGUUGUAUUGCUUAGCCUAUUUCAUUAAAAAAAAAACCGAAUUUAUCCGUCAACUGGAAUAUAAUUGUUUGUGCAGUGAAACAGCACCCUUUUCAAUCUAACAAUAAAGUACAUAGGAACGACUAAGUUGGGGUUUCGAUAAGGCUGUCGCUCUCGCACACAAUUUCGUGCUGAUUUAAACUUUCGCUUUGAAACUUAUGCAAGAGUCACCAACGUGAAUUUGUAUCCGAGUUUUGGAGAAAAAGAAGGAAGGGAGGUGUCCCUCCACUUUCGCAAUUUACAAUAAAGCUUUGUAUA